CGAAACUAUUUCGACAUAACGAGAGACUCAAUGCAUAUCUGUCACGCGCGCUCUUAAUUUCCAUUUCUCCAUGUUUCCUUUUUUUUUUUUAAUGUCCCUAUAAAUACCCUAUCAACACGGGUUAUUAUUUUUUCCGUUAGACUCCACAAAACUUAACGCCAACUACUUCGUCAAGUCUUUUUAGGUUUUCUUGUCGGAAAUUUAAGGUUAGCUAAUAGAUAGAAUGGGAUCUCUCCCUGCGUUUGAAGAGCGGUUGCAGUAUCCAACGGCGAGGCGUGAUGAGUCCGUCGUUGAAGAUUAUCACGGCGUUAAAGUCUCCGAUCCUUACCGCUGGUUGGAAGAUCCUGACGCUGAAGAAGUGAAAGAAUUUGUAGAGAAGCAAGUGCAAUUGUCAGAUUCAGUGCUCAAAAGUUGCGAAACGAAGGAAAAGCUUCAUGACAAAUUCACAAAGUUUAUUGAUUAUCCUCGUUUCGAUACGCCCUUUAAGCGAGGGAACAGCUACUUUUACUUCCAUAACUCAGGUCUUCAAGCUCAGAGUGUGCUUCAUGUUCAGGUAAUUUGAAGCAGAGUAUAAUCUUCUUUAAGUGGGUUUUUGAUUUGAAUUUUUUUUUUUUUUCAUUUGAAGGAUGAUUUGGAGUCUGAAGCAGAGAUCUUGCUUGAUCCUAAUACUCUUAGUGAUGAUGGAACAGUUUCUUUAAACACUUUAUCUAUUAGUGAGGAUGCUAAGUAUUUGGCUUAUGGCCUUAGCUCUAGUGGUAGUGAUUGGGUUACUAUUAAAGUGAUGAAGAUUGAAGAUAAGAAAGUGGAACCUGAUUCUUUAUCUUGGGUUAAGUUUAGUGGGAUCACAUGGACACAUGAUGGGAAAGGUUUUUUCUACAGUCGCUAUCCAGCUCCACGAGAGGGAGAGAAGAUAGAUGCUGGUACAGAGACUAAUUCUAACCUUUACCAUGAGUUAUACUACCAUUUCCUUGGGACUGAUCAAUCCGAAGAUGUUUUGUGUUGGAGAGACCAAGAUAAUCCCAAACAUAUGUUCGGAUCCAAAGUCACUGAUGAUGGGAAGUACUUAAUCAUGUCAAUUGAAGAAGGUUGUGACCCUGUAAACAAGGUUUAUCAUUGUGAUCUCUCAUUACUUCCUAAAGGUCUAGAAGGUUUUAGAGGAAGCAACACUUUACUUCCAUUUGUUAAGCUUAUUGACACUUUUGACGCACAAUACAUUGCUAUCGCAAACGACGAGACAUUGUUUACUUUCUUAACCAACAAAGAUGCCCCAAAGUACAAAGUAGUUCGGGUUGACUUGAAGGAACCGAGCAGUUGGACUGAUGUUAUCGCUGAACAUGAAAAGGAUGUUCUCUCAACAGCUUCUGCAGUUAAUGGAGACCAACUGGUUGUUAGCUACAUGAGUGAUGUAAAACACAUCCUGCAGAUUAGGGACUUGAAAUCCGGUUCCUUGCUUCAUGGAUUACCUGUAGAUAUUGGCUCGGUAUGUGGAGUUUUUGCUCGGCGUAAAGACACCACGUUUUUCUUUAGGUUCACAAGCUUCCUUACACCUGGCGUCAUUUACAUAUGUGACUUAUCCCAUGAAGCUCCAGAAGUAACGGUAUUUCGUGAAAUCGGUGUACCUGGAUUCGAUAGAACUGCAUUUCAAGUCACUCAGGUCUUUUAUCCGAGUAAGGACGGAACAGAUAUACCGAUGUUUAUAGUGGCUAGAAAAGAUAUAAAGCUAGAUGGAUCACACCCAUGUUUGCUCUAUGCAUAUGGAGGGUUUAGCAUAAGCAUGACGCCGUUUUUCAGCGCGACCCGUAUUGUGCUUGGUAGGCAUCUUGGUACCGUGUUCUGUUUUGCAAACAUCCGUGGUGGUGGUGAGUAUGGUGAGGAAUGGCAUAAAUCUGGUGCUCUUGCCAAUAAGCAGAAUUGCUUCGAUGAUUUCAUCUCCGGGGCUGAGUAUCUGGUUUCAGCUGGUUAUACACAACCGAGGAAACUUUGUAUCGAAGGUGGUAGUAACGGUGGUAUUCUAGUAGGGGCUUGCAUUAAUCAGAGACCGGAUCUCUUUGGGUGUGCUCUGGCUCAUGUUGGGGUCAUGGACAUGCUCCGGUUUCACAAGUUUACCAUAGGACAUGCUUGGACUUCUGAAUUUGGUUGUUCUGACAAGGAAGAGGAGUUCCAUUGGCUGAUAAAGUAUUCGCCUCUGCAUAAUGUGAAGAGGCCAUGGGAACAGAAGACAGAUCUGUUUUUUCAGUACCCAUCAACCAUGUUGUUAACUGCUGAUCAUGACGAUAGAGUCGUCCCACUUCAUUCUUACAAGUUGCUUGCGACAAUGCAAUAUGAAUUAGGUUUGAGUUUAGAGAAUAGUCCACAGACGAACCCUAUAAUUGCUCGAAUAGAAGUAAAAGCCGGGCAUGGAGCAGGACGUCCAACGCAAAAGAUGAUUGAUGAAGCGGCUGAUAGAUAUUCGUUCAUGGCGAAGAUGGUGGAUGCUUCAUGGAUCGACUAGAAUUUACACAAAGAGAUUAGCUUUUCUUUCUUGUUAUGUUUUAGAGAGAGCUACUAUAUUAUAAUUAUACAGUCCCUCCUCUUUUAUAAAGAAAAUGUACUAGAGUAAAAGUAUCUUUGAGUUUUAAUCUAAUCUCUAAAUCCACGAUAUUAUUGUCCAAGAGAUUCAAAAUCGUAUGCAUAUGCGACAUGGAAA